CUCAAAACACACACACAAUCACAAGGAAAGAGAGCUCAAGAAACACCAAGCAACAAUGUCAAAAGUCUCAAAGGCUUCUGCUCUCAGUUUGCUCUUCGCUGUCUUAUUCUUCCUCAGUUCUCAACCUGCAUUCUCACUUCGUGUCCUGAAACCGCAAUCAGAACGAACAUCACCUCAAACCAUAACGGAUGAUUCGUCUUCAAUGGGAAAGAUCGACCAUGCAAAAUCCAUGAUUGCUGGAUUCUUCAGCCACAAGUUUCCAUUAAAGGGCUGGCCUUUCCCCAAGUACCCACCUUUCAAAAUGGUUAACCCAAACAUUCCAACAAACCCAUCUGGAGUUCAAAGGGAACCAGAGAAGCUACCUUUUUCCCCACGCAAAGGCAAGAAAGAUGGAGGAAACGCUUGAAGAUUAAAGUUUCCUUGUGUUUGAAAACAUGUCUAUCAUUUUACAUUGCAUCAAAUAAAAAUUGUAUCUUUAACAACUGAAGCUAAAAAGAAAGAAGAUAUUAUCUAUCUAA